AUGGCGCGUAUUUUAAGUUUCUUUGUGUGCUGUUUCAGAAACAAACCAUGCUUUUUUCUGUCGGAUUCUUUUACAUCCUUGGAUCUUUUUUUAAUUAUCUUGUCUAUUGGAUCUUUUUUACUUGACAUAGUAACAGAUAUGAUUGUCAUAUUCCAAUAUUAUAUGGGCAAUCAUUUCCUAUGGCUUAUCUUGACUGCUAGUCUUGUGUGCUUACCAUCAUUUAUUGUGCAGAUUUUUAGUAUUCGUUGGUAUAUUGUGGAUGGAAAGACAACUAAUUUAAUAUGGAUUAUGCAUAUUUUUCAAUUGGGACUCUUUUACAGAUUUAUUGAAUUAUUUCUGGAAGGUUUCCAUAUUAAAAGGUCAAAAUCAUCUCCAAAUUUAGAAAAAUUUAAUCACCAUCAAAGUGAUAUUUGUAUGUUGCGCCUAUUUGAAUCUUUUACUGAAUCUGCACCUCAGUUAGUUUUGCAACUUUAUAUCAUGGUUAGUACUGAUGACUGGAAUCCAUGGACAGGCAUCUCUGCUUUUGCUUCUAUAGUAUCCCUCAGCUGGGGCAUUGCAGCUUACAGCAAAGCUAUGCGUAAUAUUCGCCCUGAAAAGAAAAGACUUUCUUGGUGGGGAUUGCUGUUCCAAUCACUAUGGAGAAUUGGAAUGGUAUCAUCAAGGAUAAUUGCCAUGGUUUUGUUUGCAGUGGCUUAUAGCUAUUGGUUGAUUGUUGCAAUAGGUAUUCAUUGGCUAACUAUGAUAAUUUGGAUUUUUAUUCAAAACACAGACUUUUGCACAACUUGGUGGGAAGAAAGAUUAUAUAAUUGCGUAGUUGGUGUUAUAUACUGCUUUUGCUAUUUUAAUGUGAAAGAAGGCAGAUCUCGAUACAGAAUGGCAAUGUAUUACUCCUUCACAGUACUGCAGAACAUUGGUUUUAUUUCUGCAUUUUAUCUUUCAAAAAGAUCUACAAACCACUUUAGAGACUUUAUAGCCUCAUUAGUACCUGGUGGUAUGAUGAUUGGUUUGGGAAGUAUGCUGCUGUAUUAUCGAUUCUUCCAUCCUAGUGGACCAAUUACCUUAUUAACUAAAAAAAACUCUGAUAAUAAGAAUGAAAAAAAUACAGGGGAUAAAGUAGAUGUCAAACAUAACUGCAGUACUCUCAAAACUUGUCGAAAACUUGUUGAAUCAAAUGAUGGCCAUGAUGGAAUGGAUUCAGUUUUUUCAGAAACUCCCAUCAGUCAUUAUAAUGAAGAAAAUUUUAACAUUUCCAAGAUAUCAUUAUCCUCAAAGGAUAAAAAUAUGUCAUGUCUGAAGGAUUUACACAGAUCUCAUUCGCUUAAUUGUAGUGCAGCUUCAUUUGAUGAUCAUAAUUUUGAUUUCAAUCGACAAAGAAAAUCUUUAGCAAACCAUCACAGGAAUAUUAAUUAUAAUUUUCGACCUGCCGCUGCCUUUGGAUCCAUUUCUCCUAGGACACAUUGUUCAUGUUUGAUUUUGGCACAAGUUUCACCGAUCAUUGGCGAAGGAACACCUAAAGUAAAUAAGACACUAUGCAGCUCUUUACCUAAUCUGGACAUAAGUUUUGAGACAGAAGAUAAAAGCUCACUGGAAUCAACUCAUCUAAGUAAUGCAAAAAGUUUCUUCAGCCACAUGGAACGAAUUAUUAGCUGCAGCUCAAUAGAUAGUGUGGUAUUUAAACCACCAGUGAUAAGCAAUGAUCACAUAAUCAGAAUAAAUGUAGAAGGAAAUUUAUAAAGUGUAAUAUAGUAAAGCACCAUUUACACAUUUAUCAUUUGCACAUCUUUCAGCACUCUCCUGAUACAUUUAUAAUCAUUGUUAUCACAAAGUAUAUAUUUUUUUAAUGUGACGCAAAGAAUUAUUGCUGUUUUAAUUAUUGAAGUUAAAUCUCCUAAGAGCUGAUAUAUCUUUUAAGGAGCAUUGAACUGUGAUAUUGAUAUGAUUUUAGAAUAACAGUGGAUGCUGUUUAAUGCGAUCUACAUUCAAGUGCACGUAAAAAUAUUCAUUUAGUGUGAUCACUGCAUUAUUUAAGAUCAAUUUUGAUGUAGAUAAUUAACUAUUUCUUCAUUUUCAACCAACAUUAAUAAUAAUUGUGAAAUUAUUUGCUCCCUUUGAAAGGAAAUAUCUGGGGUGUGUUUUCCCAUGUGAUGGGACUAAUUAUUUUUAUCUGGACUAGAGUAAUCUGGAUUGUUUUAAAUAUAUAGCUAAAUUGC